AUAAAUUAAAAUGACACGAACAAUAGAAACUGAUUAAAAUUAUUAAUGCAAUUCGUUAAUUACUGAGAAGCCGAUAAAUAUUUAAACAAAAUCAAUAACAAAAGUUCUGUCAACAGUAGUUAUUUAAAUGAUCAGCUGACGUUUGCCGUUUAAAUAUUAACCAGCCAUCUUCAGACGGUUUAAUUAACUAACCUAUGUUUUUUAUAUGUAUAGUAUGCUGUGUGUUGUAAUUACAGUCGAGUUCAUGUGUACUGUUACAAAAACAACUUUUUAUUUAUUAAUUUAAACAAUUAUUACCGUUUGUGUCUUAAAAAUUUAUUUAUUUUUUGAUAAAUAAUAAAAAUGGGAAAAUCUAAAACUGGAAAAACAGCCGCUGUGUUUACAUUAGUGGGAUUUAUAUUUAUAAUUAUUGCUUUCACCACACCCUAUUGGCUGCAAACUGAUGGAAAAUUAAACAAUCCAAAAUUUCAUAAUUUAGGAUUAUGGCAAGUUUGUUUCAAAAAUUUUGAAGAAACAAAUCAUUUAUACGACACAAAGUUCUCAGGAUGCUGGUGGGUCUUCGAGGAAGAGUACUACAUAAUCCACAAGAUAUUACUUCCUGGAUUUUUCGUGACCACUCAAUUUUUCUUCACCCUGAGUUUCACACUGAUGCUCGUGGGGUCGUUUCUAACGGCUCUGUACAUGUGUUGCUCGAGACAGCAUGACAAGUACCAGCACCUGCUCUGGGCAGUGGGCGCCAACCUCGCUUUGUCGGGUUUCUGCGGGAUAAUAGCGGUGAUAAUAUUCGGAAUGUACGGCGACGGUAGGGACUGGAUGCCUAACUGGGAGCACAAUGACAUCGGGUGGUCCUUUGCACUAGGAGUUGUAGGCAGCUUCGCCAGCUUGGCUGCUGGAGUUUUGUUCCUUAUCGAGGGCAGACGUCACCGGAAGCGAAUUGAAAAAAUUUUGCUCGACGAGCCCAGGUCACAUCACACUAAUAUUUAGUUCAAUUGAGUGUUUAGCAGUAUGAUAUAUUUAUAAUUAUCUUCAGUAUCAUUAAUUCUAAGGAAUCUCGACGUCGUGACACGUCAUUCAUCGAGACUCGUCAUUAUGAUUAAUACUAAUCCGUCCAUUAUGUCUUCAAUUUUUUAAAUUAAAUAUAUUGAAAUGUUUUAAGU